AUGGCAACAAUCCCGGCACCAAUAUUUUCAGGUGGUUAUGAUGAAGAUAUUGAUAUUUUUAUUAGUCGAUUAUCAGCAUAUUUAGCUGGUAUAGAUAUAAAUCCAGUUGGUAGAGCUCGAGAUAGAGCAUUUGGUAUUCUUCGAGGAUGUUUAUCUGGAUCAGCAUUAGAUUGGUUUGAUCGAAAAAUUCUUGGUAAGCGGUGGGAACUUCAUAAUAUUCUUGCAAAUCAUGGACAAGCCAAUAUAGCUGGUAUCCAAGGGCGUACUAUGACACAGAUGAACACUUCUAAUAGUUUUAGAAAUCCCUCAAUUGCCCAUACCUAUGCUAAUGUUCCUGCUAAUAAUGCUGUAACGAUUGGUCAAUUUUUACGUGGCUUAUCACCUGAUCUAGAGGAUGAUGCAGAUCGUAUUGGCACUGAACAACCUUUAGAAAAUCUUUUUACAAUAUUGGAACGAAUUGAAACGCGUAGAUUGGAAAAAAGACUAGGAUUAACAUCGAAAAUUUCACAAUCGAAAUAUAAAUCAUCUCCAUCUAAAGGUUCAAAGAAUAUUUAUUCUGGAGAUACUGGUUUAACUGAAGCAGAUGUGGAAAGAAUUGUGAAAGCUCAAAUGACCUCAAUACAACUGACUUCUCCACAUUUACAGUCUUCAUCACAACAAAUUUCUCAGUCAGAUUUACAAGCUAUAACCAAAUCAAUUCAAGAUACCUUGGCUAGAGCUGUUAAAACCUUAGAGAAUAAAAAAACAUCCUAUAAACAAAAAUCAGAUAAUGCAAAAAAGGUAGAAGAUAUUAUUAUCAAGUGA